AUGGUUCUCGUACCACAGGUACAAUUUAAAUUUCCAUGGAACUACAUACUAUUGGUAUUUAAUUCGAUGUUUAUCUCGAUCCCAGCUUCAAGGUCACUUUCUGAAUUGGGAAAAGUAUGGAUUCCAAGUAGUUGGGUUAUUACACUGGGAAUCACAUUACUGACUGUAAUAUUCGGCGGAUUAAAACGAUUCGAUAUAAAAAGAUCUUUCAAAGUAUUCUUCAUUGUUAUAUUCACUUUACAAGCAGUAGUUUAUAUCGUUCUGAUUGUAUUAUAUCAUUAUGCAUGCUAUAAU